AUUUCUAAAUAUUGAAUAAUUUUAUGUGUUUUGGGCAGGGGCUUAUCAAUGAAAAGUUCAGCAACAAUGUGCUAACAUCGAAAUUCCAUGAGCUUGUCAAGGAUUUCAUUGCCACUACAGAGUUUUCAAUCUCUCAGAUUGCUCACCAGACUCAUGCCUUAUCCAAACCGAACCUUGCAUCAGCAAAGCACCAUACCAAGGUUCUAUUGAAAGCAUCCAAUAAUUUUGGUGCCGAGUCAAUGGUGCAACACUCUACCGGGCUAAAGGAUUUAAUUAGAAUGGGUAACAUGGAUGGUGCCCGUCAAACUUUAGAAAUUUUAAUAGAACAGUAUGAUCUUCUAAAGGUGUCCCUGCUUCGAUAUUUUGCGCUGGAAAAUGUUAAGCUAAAUUUCAGCAGCCAGCAGCAAAUGAACAUGGAAGUGUACAAUGCGUGUAUUGAAAGUCAAAUAGGACUCCGAUGGAGUCGAGAUCAAUUGGCUGCUAGUGGUGCUGAGAGAGAGGCAAGGCAAGCAGCCUCACUAGAGCGGCAAGCACAAGCUGAUGCACAAGCAGCACAAGCAGCAGCACAAGCAGAAGCAGAAGCUAAAAUGGAUAGAAAAGCCAAAAAAUCAAUGGCUCAACAGGCUGAAGCUGCUGCCGCAGCACAAUAUCGGGCGUAUCGUGCAUCUGAGGCUGAAAGGAUCCGUAGGGUGGCCACUGCUGACGGCCCAUCUGCGGAUCCAAGGAGAAAGUCGUUUGGGGCAGGGCCAUCUACUGCUCUCCCACAUCUUAUGAGAAGCGUAUCUAGUGGGGAUUCAAGAAGAGAGAUUACAGGAGAUAACCGACCCCCAAAGAAAGGGUUGUCAUCCCUUGGAUGUAGUCCCAAUAGCAAAUGUUACAUCAUGUGAUGGGCUUCCAAUUGUCAUUUCUGCUUGUAUUGCAAGGAUUUACGAACCGAAGUAUUUUUCUUUCUUUUUGCUAGUACUAGUAAUUGAGCUUGUACGAUA